UCCAGGCUGUUCCUGUUCCCUUCCUUAUUAGUGACUCUUCCCAAAGUCUCCUCAACCAUGCCACUGGUCCCAUCAUUCUCUCAUUCAUUGCAAGUAGUUAGCCAGAGUGACUGAAGCCACUUCUCACCAUGCAUUAAUUGUCUCUUGCAGUUACUGUGCCUUGUUAAUGUUCCAUCGUACUAUGCUAUUUUCAAUUACCUCCUAUCUCAUUUACCACUCCUCAUUCAAUGCCUUUCUUUCAUUGAAGCAGUAUUUCACACUGUUAUGUAAUGCCCCUCCUCAUUUUUUUGUUACACUUCCCAAAGUGUUGUCCCUCACUCUAUCCUAUGCUAUUGCUUCCUAGGGGUGUGUGUCAUUCUUAGUUUUCCUUCUUUUAUGUUCUGUGCUUCCUGAGCUUCACUUAAGGGUCCAUGUUCCUUUUUCUUCAUUAAGGACUUCUUUAAUGCCUUGCUUGAGAAAUGAGAGAGUUUUUCUUACUUUUGGUGAAUGAAAUAACAACGGCUACUUGGAUAUCUAAGGUGUGCUUUCUCUCUCUGAAUUUGGUAGCCAAGUUUGAGGUUCACCUUCUCCAAAUAUUGUGCCUAAUGCUCAAAGUUUGUUCAAUGAGAUAUUUUUACCUCUAUCUUGUGGUUCUUACAUGGUUUUUGUCCAUCCCUAGUACCCAUGAACUACAACUUGCUCAGACUCAAGUUCUGUUACAGUUAAGGAAGUAUCUGGAGUACCCUACAUCUCUGCUAAUGUUGGAAAAUUACUAUGGAGACCUUUGUAGCCUUCCUGCAUCUGCAAAUGUGGCCAUUAAAUGUGAGGGUAAUUCAGUAAUUGAGCUUAAAAUUAUGGGAGAUAGAGUUGUGAAGGUUGACAAGUUCAAUGGAUAUGCAGUCCCCAAUAAGACACUGUCAGUGAGCUUCUCUAUUGAUUCUUUUGUCACCACAUUGACCAGGUUAACCAACUUAAGGGUCCUUAGAUUGGUGUCCUUGGGGAUUUGGGGGCCACUUCCUGAUAAAAUUCAUAGGCUGUCUUUGCUUCAAGUUUUGGAUUUGAGCUCAAAUUUCUUAUAUGGUUCAGUGCCACCAAGAGUGUCUACUAUGGUCAAGCUUCACACACUGACGCUAGAUGGCAAUUAUCUGAAUAGCACAAUGCCUGAUUGGCUUGGUUCUUUGUCUAACUUAAAUGUCUUGAGUUUGAAGAGCAACCACUUAAAGGGUUCAUUCCCCUCCUCACUAUGCAAGAUUAGUAGCCUUGCUGAUAUUUCCUUGUCCCACAAUAACUUGUCUGGUGCAUUGCCUGAUCUCACUGCUCUCUCUAGCCUACAUGUACUUGAUUUAAGAGAAAAUCAUUUAGAUUCUGAACUGCCACUGAUGCCUAAAGCAGUGGUCACAAUUCUGCUAAGCAAAAAUUCUUUUUCAGGUGAGAUACCAAAUCAGUUUGGUGAAUUAGAUCAGCUUCAACAUCUAGAUCUUUCAUCAAAUCAUCUCAGUAGGAUGCCCCCAAAUGCCUUGUUCUCUUUGCCAAACAUUAGCUAUUUGAAUUUAGCCAGCAAUGAGUUAAGUGGACCCCUUCCACACGAUUUAAAAUGUGGUAGCAAACUUGGGUUUGUGGAUAUAUCUAGUAACAAGUUAAAAGGUGAACUUUCUUCUUGCUUGAUUCGUACUUCGGGUAGAAUAGUUGUUAAGUAUGGUGGAAACUGUUUAUCAGUUGAUUCUCAACCUCAGCGGCGAGGGACUUAUUGUAAAGAAUCAAGCUCAGGAAGGAAGAACUUCUUGAACUGGAAAAUAGCUGCAGCAGUUGCCAUGAUUAUUGUAAUUAUUCUUGUACUUUCAGCCUUAGGAGUUUUGUUUUAUAGAAAAUAUCAUUCAAGGGAAAUGUAUAAUAGGCAUGAGAUGUUGCUAAAGGCUGUUCAAGAUAACUCAACGACAGGAGUUUCUUCUGAACUCCUUGCUAGUGCUAGGUUCAUUUCUCAAGUAGCGAAGCUAGGGACCCAAGCUACUCCUACCUGUAGACAGUUUUCAAUUGAAGAGUUGAAGGAAGUCACUAGAAACUUUGAUUUGUCAACUUAUAUUGGUGAAGGAUCCUUAGGAAAGAUGUACAAAGGUAAACUAGAGAAUGGAUCCUAUGUGGCGAUACGAUGUCUAGCUCUGUCAAAGAAAUGCUCAAUGCAAAAUCUUAAAGCUCGGCUGGAUUUACUAUCAAAACUUCACCAUCCAAAUUUGGUUAGCCUUUUGGGUCAUUGUAUUGAUGGUGAUGGACAAGAUGAUUCUAGUGGCCUCAAACUUCAUCUUGUAUAUGAGUAUGUGCCAUAUGGGAAUUAUCAUACCUAUAUGUCAGAGAAGGCACUAAAGUGGUCUGAAAGAUUAGCAAUUUUAAUUGGAGUUGCCAAAGCUGUGCACUUUUUACAUACUGGAGUUAUACCGGGUUGUUUUAGAAACCAACUAAAGGCACACAAUGUUUUACUUGAUGAACAUCACAUUCCCAAACUAAGUGACUAUGGCAUGUCCAUGAUCUCUGAGGAGAUCGAAUACCUUGAGGUAAAGGGAGAGAAUCCAAAAUCAUGCCAAAGAGAAAAGUUAGAAGAUGAUGUCUAUAAUUUUGGAUUAAUAUCGUUUGAAUCACUUGUUGGACCCAUAGCAAGUGAGAAAGGAGUGGAAUUUUUUCUCCAUGAUAAGGUAUCAUUUGACAGUCAAGAUGGUAGAAACAAAAUAGUGGAUCCAGUAGUGUUGAACACUUGCUGUCCAGAGUCAUUAUCAAUUGCAAUAUCAAUCACAACCAAAUGCCUUUCCCCAGAAUCCUCAUCUCCUCCCUCUUUUGAGGAUGUCUUAUGGAACUUACAGUAUGCAGCUCAAGUCCAGGCCAUAGCAGAUGCAGACCAAAAAUCAGAUUCUACAACAUCCUAGGUACAAGUUUGUAGGAAACACAAAACUAAAGCUUCAAGUUCUUCAUUCCUUUUCCAACAAUGCAGCAGAUAAAGAAAGCAGGGAUUGUCACUAGGGUCUAUGAACUAAAAUCACAACCUCUAACUAAUGUGAAUCUUCAUGGUAAAAUGUAAAUGUAUAUUUGUUAACACAGUUUUCUUCAUUUUUGUUUUUCUUCUAGAAUUUUUUGUAGGGUAGACUGGCUAGGAUUCAUACACCUUGGAAAGGAAGUGACUAUUAUGGUAACACUUUAGGUCAAUGAAGUAAAUCAUGAACUUGACUAACUUCUUCUAUGUAGAACUCUACUUGAAAGGCAUCGAGUGAGGUUGUGAAUUUUGCUUUCAA